GAGGAUUGAGUCUAUCAGCUCCUAGAUUCGAUUGUCAGGAUGCCGAAGCGCAGGUUACAGUGCGGUUCGUGCGGCACGAUCAUCAAAGUUAGCAGUCGAGUGUUCAGACCUGUUUGCCCGCAAUGUCAGACAGCACAUACCUUCAUACGAUGUGGCCGAGUAGAAUGUGGGACACUCAUGUGCUUGCCAGAGAACGUCAAUCAGUUCUCUUGUCCCAGGUGCAAUGUGCAGCUUGCAAGACCGGGUCACUCUCAAGCAAGAUCAGGACCGAUGGCCGUGAGAUGCGGAAACACUGCUUGCGAUUUUCUAAUGACUAUACCUGGGAAUGUGGGAAGGUUUCGUUGCCCGAGGUGCUCCAUGGAACAAGUGUUACCUGGCACUGAAGAAGCUUUAAAGUGCCGGGCAAGGCAGGAAGAGGCUCUCCGCCAGAAAGAAAUUCGGUCUAGGGAGACCAAAGAACUGGCAGAACUAUGCAAGUUGUUUGGAAUUGUGGACUCCGCCGUGGUUGAGGCAGUUUACGAAUCUUGUGACAAACAGCGCACCGCCACGAUAUCGAGGCUACUCGAGAUGGUGGAGGACACGGGGGCGAUUGAAGAUGACCUAAGGGAGGAAGUCAUUAGACUUCAGGAUCAAAUCGUCAAAGUGAGAGCGCUCGUUGAACAGAGCAUCCGCUGUCCGAUUUCGGGGAACGUCAUGGAGGAUCCGGUGUUUGCAGCCGAUGGGUUCUCAUACGAACACUCAGCCAUCGCUAAGUGGCUCAAGACUAGCAACCUGAGCCCCGUGACGAAGGAGGUUCUCAGCCACAAGAACCUUAUCAAGAACCAUCAGCUGAGAGGACAGAUUCAAGGGUGGAAAGAGCAGGCAGAAGCUGCUCAGGGAGGCUCAGGCCCACCAGUCAUGGAGGCAUUGAGCUGUGCGACCGGGAGUAUCUCCCCGCUAGAGUACACGAUGGAUACAGACGAAGACACCGAGGCGGGGGCUCCCUUGCGGACGUCAGACCAUGAGGAGAAAGGAGGAUUCGUGUCCCAGAUGCUCCGGUCGAUCAACUCACUGUCGGGAAGCGCGAAGCGAAGUGGUGAAGCCUGA